CUCGUCAUGUGAACUUCUUUUCACUAUACUUUUGUCCUGUCCUGCUUGCCAUAUGCGCACGUGAAAGAUGACAGAACCAGUCCACGAAUCAGCUACUCUCGCAAAGAUCCGCGGGUAAGACACUUUGGCCAACCGACCACCCCAUAUAGAGGUUUGCACAGCAGCCAUGUCGGAUGGCAGGAACAAUAGAUUAUUUUACCCAUGGGAAAAAUUUUUCUUUCUUAUGCAAAAUAUUUUCAUUGUUCCUGCCAUCCAACACGGCUGCUGUGCAAAAUCUCUUUGGGAAAAUAGUUACUUUCGUCAUACGGAUUGCUAGAAAUAAGUCUGAAGCACGAUUUAUCGCUCUGUUACAUUGGCUAGUUAGCAAUUGUUUCCAAUUACUUUUGUAUGGGUGAAUCACAAAUUAUGUAAGGACGGAGGAAGAAAAUUAUUGGGAAAAAUAGAGUCGCGGAUAAUUUAAGGAAAUAAAGGAAAGAAAGAGCCGUGCUCGGGAGGAAGAUGGGAGAACAGAGGAAUAGAGAAUUAUACGAAAAGAGGAACGGAGAAAUAUGGGAACAGAAGAACAGAGGAACAAAGGAACAGAAAAAUGAAGGAACAGACAAACAAGGGAACAGGAGAACAGAUGAAGGGGGGAAGCGUGGAGCUAGAAAUACUAGUCAUAAGAAGACAGGCCGGUUAUUUGUUAGAGAACUUUAAGAAUAUUCCUCCCAUUUAAAAAUUUUGGCAGUGACACUUCAAAUGGAGUUUAUCAUGGUCACUAAAUGCAUUCACUACGCAAAAGUUAAAAGCAACAGCCUUGACCAAGGGUAGAAAUGGAAUGUUAUUACAACCGAUGAAUGAUUGUGAAAAUCCAUGAACUGCAUUUAAGGUAAGCCCUCUCAGAAACAUCACGGAGAGCAACUAAUGAACUGUAAACAAUAAUCUCCUUUUUAUUUAAGAUUUAUUACUGUAAAAGUGUUUGAUUUCUAACUCUGACGCUUCCACAUUUUCCUAGUGCCCAGCCUUAACGCCUCAACUUCGGCAAAUGUGAAGAAGUGACGGCACAAAUACGUUGCUAUGCAACUAGUGAUAAACAAAUCGAAACUUUGUUUUCCAUCAAGAGCUCGGUUGCUACUGAAGCAAAGUGAAAGGAAAUAUAUUUUUGUGCUUAUCGCGGAAGAUAGCAAUUCGAAAAUGAACAAAACCAUCCCGAAUGACAAAGAGUCCAUGAAGGAAUCCUGUUCUGCGAGAAUAUUUGAUGAAGAAGCCAAUGUCACUCAUCGUUCAGCUGAGAAUUACCAUGAGCCUCUGGAGGCCUCACACGGAACACGGUUCAUGGCUAAUGAGGCGGGCGUUUCCAGAACUUCAGGCCUUUUUUUCGUUAAAAUCAAAUGCUUAGUUAAGUUAGGAUUUGUUAUCGGAAGGAGUGUGAAGAAAAAACUUAGAACUUUUUUUUCGCGAACGCGUAAGUAGACCUCACUCAAUAUGUAAACUAUGAAAAAGGUUGUAAUUGGUUCAGUUUGAAUUGUCUGGCCAACAUUGGAGAAACAAUCCACGCAAAUGGAGUUUUUUGUUUUCAGUUUGUUUUGUUUUGUUUUUUUUUGUAUUGAAGUUGUUUAGCUAACUUAAGUUGACAAAAUUUCUUCAAGAAGUAACUGAAAAGCGCGUGCUACUAAAAUUCCAGAUUAUAACGUAGAUUUUUAACAUUGCACUAUCUUUCAGCUGUUCCUUGACAAUGUUUUGUAUCCCCACCAUCAAUUUUAAUUUUCUUGAUUCCAAAAUAACUACUUUGACAUGUUUCUUUUUCAGUCUGCGAAAGAAAAUGAACAACUAGAACAAAGGAUCACAUACCCUGAAAAAGAGAUUAACAGUUAGUUUUAUGUAGGGACGCAUGCGGGACACGAAAAGCGCGCGCGGACUGAGAAACCAUUUUAAUAAGGGGUGACGAGGCUGAACUGUUGGUCCUACACUCCCCUUUGUUCCGUCCUCUAUUGAGUUUUCCCGAUUUCACUUAGCAUUAUGAACUUCAGUUGAAUAUUUAACAAAUUAUUUGAACGAUCUUUUGUUUCAGCUAUUUGUGACAUUGAUUUCAUUUGUAUUUUACAGCUAAGGAGAAGGAGAACGUCUCUCUUAAGGAAACUAUUUUCAGGAGAGACCAGGAAAUUGUUGAUCUCAAAGAAAAACUGUCCCAAGUACAACACAACUGGCAAAGAAACCAGUUUGAUUUUGCCAAGCAAAUGGCAACAAUGAACAAAAUGCUACAUGAGGCAAAGAAGAACGUUGACGAGCUCGAGGGUGGCGUAAAUGUUUGCGUUAUGAAGAACAAAACAAAAGUAGAAGAAUCCCAGAGCGAGCCACAACAUUUAAUGGUGAGUAUGUAAAGCAAGAUGGCGUCGUAUCAACUCUUGUCUUUAUCGGCUCCAGGAUGCUUAAGGGAACAUAGAUGGAGAGAAAGAGGAGUUUACUUUACGUUUCAUUAAAAAUUAAUAAGCACUUUUACGAAGCAAGGAAGAUGAAAAAGAGUUCAAAAUCGCGACUCACACCAUCGGCAAAAUCACCACGAUUUAAAGUAACUUCCCCAUUUCACAAAGGCACGACGUGACACAACCAGUCAGUCCAUCCUCAAGACGGGAAGAGGGACUUUAACCAGAAAGCUUUUGAAUAAUCUUUUGAUGAGAUUGAAAACGUGUUCUUCCAUGCACUUUGAUUUGCAGUUGGUUUUUAGUUUGUUUUUUGUCUUUUGGUUCAAGUUAUUUUUUUGUUUUGUUUUGUUUUUUUUUUCAACUAGGUAAAGGAUACUUUGAUGUUCAACCAUCAUGGUUUGACACAUUAUCAAACAAUGAUGGAUGUCUCAACGUUGAAAAUUUUCCCGCAGUGAAAGCCAAAGACCUUGAAAUUACGAAUAACGUUAGAUUGCAUUAAAAGCCCUCUACUGAGCCAGCCAAAGGUAUGAAGAAUGAGAAUUUUGAACACAAUAUCUCAACAGUCCACAUCUUUGCGACAUCAAGUGUAAACUGACAAGUGAAAAAUAGUUAGCGGCUUCGAAUUGGCAACGUUUUCUUCCAGGCGCUUUGAUUUCAUUUAUUUUUUUUUUUUUUACAACUAGACAAGUAUUACUUUGACCUUCAACCACCGUGGUUUGACAGUCCAUCAAACAACGCUGGGUGUCUUAAAGUUGAAAACUUUCCAGUAAAAGCAAAAGAUCUUGAAGCUCUGAAGAAUGUUCAAUCAAACUCAAAGCUCUCCACCAAAGUGGCUAAAGUUAUGAGGAAGGAAAUCAGAGGAACUGAUAUUGAGAAUAACACUCCAACGGUUCAACUCAGAGGCGUUCCAUCGAUAAAUAUCGCAGAUUCCUCUGGUAACAAGGUGAAUCCCUUUUCCAAGAGGGCUAAAGGCCUUAAAAACCCAUCACACGUCCCUGCUGCCAACUUUCAAGCUCAAACUGUGAUGACUGAUGCUGCAUUAAAGACUCGUGGCUCAUCCAGUGAGAUUAAAUCUUUUUCGGAGAAAGCCAAAGGGAAUCCAUAUUCUUACCAACGCCAAACACCUAUUCUGGCGAUCACUAUUCCCAGCACAUCUCAAAUAGCUUUUGCUUAUCAGCAGAUCAAUCAACACCUCAUUCCUCAAACUGAACAAGGAUUCUUGAGCAAAACUUUCAACAAAUGGUUUGGAUCAUACUACUGAAGUAAGUGAGGUGCCAUUCAGAGAUUUAAGUGCCAUAAACCCGUCAACUUUGCAGCAUUGCACUGACUGUAGUACUACCUUUGCUUUCGUUGACCAAAAGUCGAGACAUUGAU